CCGCGACUCACACCGGAGAAGACAGACAGACAACAAUGCAUUGCGGAUGCACUCUCACUACACCAGCUCUGUCUCCACGCCUCCCCUUCGAAAUCAAAACCUCAUUUUCAAAGCUUCGAGCUUCAUCCCCCCGAACCCAUAUUCAGACAAGCCCUUCCGACAAUCUCUCAGAUAAAUCUCCGGCGACUAGGGUUUCGUUACCCUCCCACGUGAGUUCCAUCACCAGCACUUCAAACCCUUUCGUCAAACACUGCUUAAAGCUCCGUCAAAGCGCCUCUUACCGCCACGCUCACGGCUCUGUUCUUGUCGUCGGAGCUAUCCCAAUUAGGGAAGUAUGUAUGUUUCAAACGAAUAAGGACGGAGUCACCAGUGAGAUUGAGUGUCUUCUUCUCCACGAGGAAGCUCUGAUUCCACUAGGGUUAGAGAGUUUAAGUAUACGCGUUGUUAGGGUUAGUUCUUUAGUGAUGAAGAAACUCUCUGGUGUGCAGUCUACUGAUUCUGUUGAAGCCAUUGCCUUGAUGAGAAUCCCAGAGAGCUUCAUUGAUCUUGAAGACGAUGAAGAGGAGAUCGUGAUAACAGAUUGUAAGAGAUGGUUCCCUUCUGCUCGAAGAGUUCUUGUUCUUGACAGCAUACAGGACCCUGGGAACCUUGGAACAUUGAUUAGAUCAGCUAUGGCUUUUAAUUGGGAUGGAGCAUUUCUGCUUCCGGGUUGUUGUGAUCCAUUUAAUGAUAAAGCUCUGCGAGCAAGCCGAGGUGCUUCCUUUCAACUCCCAUUAGUUUCUGGAAACUGGAGCCACCUUAAGCUUCUACAACGUGUGUUUCAAAUGAAGCUAUUGGCAGGCCAUCCAGCAAGUACUACUAGUCAAAAACUUUCCUUAGAGUUUGCUCAAACUUUAGCAGAGAAGCCACUGUGUUUGAUCUUAGGCAGUGAAGGGAACGGUUUGUCUGAGCAAUCACGACAAGUGUGUGAGCUUGUGAGCAUUCCCAUGGAAGGUGAGUUUGAAUCUCUUAAUGUCUCUGUUGCUGGUGGCAUUUUCUUAUUCAUGCUUCAAUAAAAAUAAUAAACUUGAACACUUAUAAAUCUCAU